UUGACCGCCGGUUUCCUCAUGAUCCAGAUGGCAGUCCUGCCACUACUGUUUAAAUAUAGCAAGUCGGUGCAAAGGAAAAUGGUCUUCUCCAACUGUAUAAAUUAUCCAAGAAAUUUAGAUUACAACAAACCUUCAAGCUGCAACAUUGUUGGAGCAAGAAAUUUUAAUAUCGAAUUCCAUUCAAAAGUGGACCGCUGUCCUAUCAAAUUGGGAGUAUGGCAUAUAGUACCCAGCUGUCUAUUCAAGGAGUUAUUUGUUGUUCGGGAUCAUCUUGACUCAAAUACGCGACUCCUCAAGGAGUUAAAGAAGACUCAGAACACCGUCGUGCUUUAUUGCCAUGGUAAUUCCAACCACAGAGCGUCACCUCACCGGCUGCAGAUGUAUAAAAUCUUUCAAGAACUGAACUUCCAUAUCAUUACUUUCGAUUACAGAGGCUAUGGUGACUCUACACGCGUGCGACCGACUGAGAAAGGUGUAGUUGAAGACACACUGCAAGUUUACUCUUGGAUUAUAGAAUCUGUCAACCGGGAAAAAAGGCCUAUGGUUCUGAUUUGGGGACACUCUUUAGGUACCGCUGUGGCCGCGAAUCUGGUGGCCAACUUGUCCAUCUUAUGUGCAGAUCUGGGUCAGAGAUGUUUGCCACAACCAGAUGCCCUCGUCUUGGAAGCACCUUUUAACAAUCUCAUCGAUGAAAUCGAAUGUCAUCCGUUUUCAAAGCUCGUUUCCUGGCUACCAUAUUACAAAAAAACCAUUCUGGAUCCUUUCGCCUCGUCAUCGGAGUACGCGUUCACUACGGACGAGUAUUUAGCCUUGGCGCCCCACGUGCCUGUUCUCAUACUGCAUUCCAAGAGCGACGUGAUUGUGCCUUAUGAUCUCGCUGUUAAGUUGUUCGACAGUGCGUUGAAGUCCAGACGAGCGGUGGGUUCAGAGGCACCCAUCUUGCUGCACGGCUUCGAGCGCGGGCGAGGUCUUGGCCAUAACAACCUGUGCCAAGCGCCCGACUUGCCCCAAGUCGUAUGCGAUUUCCUGCAAUCCAUCAAAAAGUAA